UAUCCUUGUAUGCUAUGCUGUCUCUCCAUCAUCACGUCCGUGCCUUCCUCUCACACCCGCAUACCAUUCCAUAACAGCAAUGCGCCCCUUCGGAUACUUUGGCGCGCCUGCAGGCUCUUAUUGGCAAACGCCACGACCUUGGAGCAACAAUUUCGUACCCUACCAGCAUGCACAUAGUUUAGACCUAGGACAGAUGUCCAACACAUCAGCCGAAGCACAGCUCAGUGAUUAUUAUCCAUCGUCUUGUGCGCCUUACCCAUAUGUAGGCUAUCUACGGGCGCUGCAACAUCCGCGAGGGCCGGCAUCAUCUCAAUUCGGCGGACAUACUUCCGGCAUGCAUCCAUUUGGCGGCCGGCAAGGAUACGGUACCCAGCAGGCCAGCCAAGUGCAGCAAGACCGGCAACAGCAUCGAGGCUUUGUCGGCGGUAGUUCGGCAGGUGACAGCAAGAAGGCCUGUCUACGCGCACACAACGACGCUCGAGCCCAGAAACGCCUUCCCGCCCUCGAAUGGUCCGAUGAGCUAGCUCAGCAUGCGGCACAAUGGGCGCAAAUGUUGGCUAGCAGGGACUCCGGUAUGCAGCAUGCCGGAACACGCCAGGAAGGAGAAAACCUUGCCUUCGCAACCGGCUGCGGUAUGGCGUUUGAGCAGGCGAUACAAGCCUGGCUGUCGGAAGAAGCUCACUAUGAUGGCGGAGCGGUGUCUGCCGCUAGCUGUUCCGGCGGCUCCGGCAUGGCGACUGGGCAUUACACACAGCGCAUGUGGAAGAGCACCACCCAUGUUGGGAUGGGCAAGGCGCAGUCAGCAAGCGGGUCAUGGUAUAUUGUCGCCCGAUACUCACCACCAGGAAACUUUAUCGGUCAGAAGCCUUACUAA